AUGGAAGAGCUGGCGGAGACUAGAAAUCAAGUCAGGGUCGAAGAGGGUUACACUCGAAAAGAAACCGGCCGAGAACCUAUGAAAAAGAACAUUGUCGAGCCCUCCAAUGUUCGUCCCCCGAGAGGCCCUCGUUACACGGCAUACACUCCUCUCAAUGCUAGCAGGGCAAAGGUAAUGGAACAAGCUCUCGCCUCGGAGAUCCUCACAAUUCCGAAGAGGGCGAAUACUCCCCCUAGAGCCGACAAAGCCAAGAUGUGUCGAUUCCAUAGGAACAGGGGACACUCGACCGAAGAAUGCUCUGCACUUAAAGACAAACUCGAGGACCUUAUCAAGCAGGGUCACCUCAGGAGCUUUGUCACCCCCGAAGACCAUCAGUCAAGGGGGAGAGACCACUCUCGCGAAGCCCAUCAACCGAGAGACCCACGCUGCCGAUCCCGUUCAACCGAAAGGCAGGAUCGUUCGCGGCAUUCCCGAGAAGACAAUGCCCGACCGAGGAAGAUAAUAAACACAAUAGCCGGAGGCUUCGCCGGGGGAGGUUCCACAUCUUCUGCACGGAAGAGACACCUCCGAGCAGUACGAUCGGUAAAUAGUGUGAAUCAGUCGAAGACACCGAAGAUGCCACCGAUAACCUUUUCCGACCGAGACUUCCGGGGAGUUGAUCCCGUUCAGGACGACCCCAUGGUGAUUUCAGUCGAAAUGCAUAACUGCAUCGUGAAGAAAACCUUAGUUGACCAGGGGAGCUCGGCCGACAUAUUGUAUUGGAACACCUUUGUACAGCUAGGGAUCCCGGAGGAGAGCCUAGAGCCGUAUCACAAGCCACUAGUAGGAUUCUCGGGUGAAAGAGUGAUGACGAGAGGGUGCAUUGAUCUAUACACCCGUUUCGGCUUCGACUAG